UUUUAUCAUAGUUUAUAUUUAGUUUGUUAUGAGAUUUGGGAAUUAGUUGAGUUGUUUUUUGGUUUAGGGUAGAAAGAAAGCGUUUAGUGAGAAAAAGGAGAGCAGAUUCAUAGUCGUCGUGUAUCAGAGUCUUUGCAGCAAACACUCACCCAAACACGCCCCUCGAACCCGAAGGCCAUAUUCUCAACCUUCCUUCCUAGGGUUUAUUCUCUCUUUCAGGUAAAUUCAAUAGAAGAAAGAGGUAGUGACUUAUUGUUGUUUGAAGCCUCGGGCUCAUAUGGAUUCACCUGAACACAGUCGGAGUUACACAAAACGAGACAUGGAUGAUGGUUCAGAUGUGAAGAGUGAUAGGGCUGGAGAUGAUGAUGAUUGGGAUGUCACUGAUAAGAAGAAACACAGAUCCAGUAGGUCAAGAAAGUCUGGUAAUGGAGAAGAAAUUGAUGGGUUUGAUGUUAAUAGUAGAAGAAAAAGUUAUGGGGACAGAAAUGACGGGAAAAAGAAAUCGGGUGGCUCAAGCAGAGCUGAUAGUGAAGAAGACGAUUAUGACUCAAGAAAAGAAUUGCGCACUAAGCAGGUGAAGAAAAAACAAGAAGAAAGCAGCUUGGAAAAAUUGAGCAGUUGGUACCAGGAUGGAGAGUUAGAGAACAAGCAAGAUGGUGGAGAGAAGUCAGGGAAUAAAGGGAAAACUCGAGUUGAUGAAACUGAGAAAAAGAAAGUGAAUUCGAAGAGUAUAGAUUAUGAUACUUCACAAAGUAAAAGUAAAAGCAAAGAGGAAAAGUCAAAUGAUAUAGAGCCUGAGAAGAUGCUGGAUAGAGAUUCUAAGUAUUCAGACAAGAGGGAAACUGGUCGAGAGAAGGGUCAUGGAUCGGCAGAACAUUCAAGGACCUCCAGAAGAAGAUGGGAUGAAACAGAUGUUGUCAAGAAAGCAGAAGAAAAUAUUUCUGAAAGAGCUGAUUCAAAAAGUGGUAAGGCUUCUGAUCCCAAGUAUGAAAGUUCUAGAGACAAAAGUGCAUCUACCAGAAAUGAAAGCAGUGAUAGUAGAAGCCGAGUUACAGAUUCAAUCAAUGAAAGAGGUAAUAAAUCUAAUACCAGAGAAGACAAAAAAGCUGAUACAGAGCGAAGUAAGAGUAAAGGCAGGUCAGAACCACUAGAAGAAGAUAGUAGGGGUAGUCCAAUUACUCGUGAAGAUGUAUUGGGAAGGGAGAAAGUUGAGAAGCAUAAGCAGCAGAGAACUUCUAGUCGAGAUGCCCCUGAAAACCGAGAAAGAUCGUUUAAUGCAGAUGAAGAUGGAUGGACAAAAGAUAAAGGAUCAAGAGAGGUAGGUAAUGCACACAGGUCUAGAACUCCAGAGAGAAAUGGGAAGCGUCAUCAUGAUUCAGAGUAUUCUGAUAUGGAGUAUGAAAGAAGCUUUAAGCGGAAGGAACUUGAAAAGGAUGUUUACAAGGAUGAUCGAUCAAAAAGUAGGGAUGACACUUGGAGGGAGCGGAGUAGGGACAGAGAGUCUUCCAAAGAAAACUGGAAAAGAAGACAAAGCAAUGAUAAUGAUAAAGACUCUAAAAGUGGGGAUGUUGGUUAUGAGCAUGGCAGAGAAUGGGAAAUUCCUAGACAUGGUCGUGACAGGGGUGACAUUGAAAGACAAAAUGAAAGGCCUCACGGUCGAUCUGGUAAUAGAAAAGAUGGAAGUAGGGGAGAAGCUGUGAAAACAUCCUCAAACUUUGGAAUUUCAAAUGAAAAUUAUGAUGUGAUUGAGAUUCAAACCAAGCCUUUAGAUUAUGGAAGAGCAGAUUCAGGAUCCAGCUUUUCUAGGAGAACUGAAGCUGGUCAGCAAUCUGAUGGAAAAUCAGCCCCUUAUGAUGAAGAAGGAUAUUUGCAAGAUGAACGAUCUAGGAGGUCUGAGAUUACUUCUGGGCCACCUGGUGAAGAUGGAAAGGAGAGAUAUUCAGAUGAUGGUAUGCGCGAUCAGAAUUCAUGGAGGGAUGACUUUGAUUUCCAUGGAGGAAAGGGCCGAGGCCAAAAAGGUGCAAUGUCUGGUCGCAAUGUUGGUGGUCAAAGUUCUAGUGGUGGUUCACAACCUCCUUAUGGAAACCAGGAGCAGGGAUCAUUCAAUAGAGCUUCUCUACAAGGGAUAAAAGGAGGUAGACUUGGGAGAGGAGGAAGAGGCAGACCUUCUGGAAGAGAUGGUCAACAGGUUGCAAUCCCACUGCCAAUUAUGGGAUCACCAUUUGGACAUCUUGGAAUGCCUCCACCAGGACCCAUGCAGCAACUUAAUCCUAGCAUGUCACCUGCUCCAGUUCCACCAAUUUCCCCUGGUGUCUUUAUUCCAUCAUUUAGUCCACCUGUUUGGCCUGGUGCUCGAGGUGUUGAUAUGAGUAUGUUAGCUGUUCCUCCUGGGCCAUCAGGUCCGAGAUUUCCCCCAAAUAUGGGAGCUGCAGCCAAUCCUGCAAUGUAUUUUAAUCAAUCAGGACCUGGAAGAGGAGGUCCUCCGAGUAUGUCUGGCCCUAAUUUCAAUUCUUCUGGACCAAUGGGUCGUGGAACUCCAACUGACAAAGGUCCUGGUGGUUGGGCUCCUUCCAAAGGUAAUGGACCUCCCGGUAAAGCUCCUUCCAGGGGUGAGCAAAAUGAUUACUCCCAAAAUUUUGUUGACACUGGUAUGCGACCCCAGAAUUUCAUUAGAGAGCUAGAGCUUACUAACGUUGUGGAGGAUUACCCCAAGCUGAGGGAACUCAUACAGAAAAAGGAUGAAAUUGUGGCUAAAUCUGCUUCUCCUCCCAUGUACUUUCAGUGCGACCUGAAAGAGUUUGAGUUGUCACCAGAGUUUUUUGGGACCAAGUUCGAUGUCAUCCUUGUUGACCCUCCUUGGGAGGAAUAUGUACACCGUGCUCCUGGUGUGGCUGACCAUAUGGAGUACUGGACAUUUGAAGAGAUAAUGAAUCUUAAGAUUGAGGCAAUAGCAGACACACCUUCGUUUAUUUUCCUCUGGGUGGGUGAUGGUGUUGGGCUUGAGCAGGGCCGUCAAUGUCUGAAGAAGUGGGGAUUUCGUAGAUGUGAAGAUAUUUGUUGGGUGAAGACCAACAAAAGUAAUGCAACUCCAGGAUUGCGGCACGAUGCUCACACAUUGUUUCAGCAUUCAAAGGAGCACUGCUUGAUGGGGAUAAAAGGCACUGUUCGUCGAAGCACUGAUGGUCAUAUAAUCCAUGCAAACAUUGAUACUGAUGUAAUAAUUGCUGAGGAACCACCUUAUGGUUCAACCCAAAAACCCGAAGACAUGUAUAGGAUAAUUGAACAUUUUGCCCUUGGACGGAGGAGGCUGGAGCUUUUUGGCGAGGAUCAUAACAUUCGGUCUGGUUGGAUGACCGUUGGUAAAGAAUUGUCUUCAUCAAAUUUCAAUAAUGAGGCAUAUAUCAGGAACUUUUCUGACAAGGAUGGAAAAGUUUGGCAAGGAGGCGGGGGACGAAAUCCACCACCUGAGGCACCUCAUCUGGUUGUGACAACCCCGGAAAUUGAAUCUCUUCGACCCAAGUCACCAAUGAAAAACCAGCAGCAAUUGCAGCAACAACCAUCGGCAUCGAUUUCUCUGACCGCUGCAAAUUCAUCCAGUAGAAGAGCCGGAAAUUCACCGCAAAGUACAGCUGCUAUAACUAUAAACCAAGAAGCGAGUUCGAACGCCUCAAACCCAGGUGCUUGGGCUGAGGGUUUUAAAGGUCGAGAGGGCAACAUCCCUUCCGAUGAUAAGAUUUUUGAUGUGUAUGGCUUCAAUGGCCGUCCUAACGGAGAAUAUGUAGAUUUUGAGUCUCAUAGACAAAUGAAUUUGCUGUAACACAAAAUUUGUACUGAACUUGAUGUAGAUUGUUAUUUUUUUCUUCAGUUUUAUAAUUGUUUAGAUGAAAAUAGAAAAAAUAAAAGCUAAAAAGAAAAUUUUCCCAUUUAUAAA